AUGGCCUCCCGGCUGACGAGGUCCGUCGAGAGCAUGCCCGGGAGCCUCCGGUCCAUGUAUCGAUCCGUGCCAACUACCUGCUUCCUCCAGGCACGAAGAGGCAAUGCCACAACCAUUGAUAAGAAGCCAAAGCUCAUCGACCUAAGUCGCGAGCUAUACCACCGCAGCCCGGCUCAUCCAUUCCAUCCUCCAGUCGUUUUGACACCGUGGGAUGUCCAUCAGCCUAAGCGUGCAGGAAACACAGUCCUACGCAGUGCAUCGUACGCACUCUCUAUGAGUGACCAUGCCGGAACCCACGUCGACGCCCCAAAGCACUUUGAUCCGACACCUGGUGCCCUCUCCAUCGACCAGAUGCCGAUCGAGGACUUCUACACAGAAGCCAUAUGCUUGGACCUUUCCCACGUCGAGCUCAAGGCAACGAUCAGCGUCAAGGAAAUGGAAGAUGCUCUUGCCGCCAGCGGGCAGGAGAUCAAGCAGGGUGACACAGUCAUGGUCUAUAUGGCGUUCAAUAAACGCGUGCCGUUCGACGACCCGCGGUGGCAACAUGACUUUCCAGGACUGUCUCUGGAAGCAGUCCACUGGCUUGCGGACAAAGGCGCUAAGAUUUUCGGUGUGGAGGCCAUUAGCCCUGCUCCAGAAGGCGAACCAAACUUCCAAGCUCAUAAUGCGUGUGGUGAGCGAGGCAUUACUCAUAUAGAGGGGCUUGACAACCUGGACGCUGUUGUGAACAAGAGAUUUCGGUUCAUGGGCUUUCCUUUGAAGAUACGUGAGGGUAGUGGUGGACCUAUGAGAGCAGUUGCUUUGCUUGAGUGA